UACCGUUGCCAUUGACGGUGCGAUCUCCCAUUCCGACCUCAGUGUCGUUUAAAGUUCCGGGCCACCCACCUGGCCGCUCUCUUGGCUCCGAAUCCGCCAGCUCAAUGGACGGAAUGGCGGCCAUGGAUCGCUUAGAGGAUUCCAUUACCAGUCAUACUCUACAGUUGAAAGAGUUCCUCGAGAAAGCCAACAUUACCGACGACGAUCUGGAUUAUUUUUUCAACUACACAGUUGUGCUGGUCCAAAAAACGGAAACCGUCACGUCGUCAACGAUUGCUGGGCUGGAUAGCGAUGUCUCUGCCAGCAACGAGCCUGACCCGAUGGACGGCGCGUACACUGGUUGCGGAAUGGGUCUGCACAAACCUUCCGUCCACCUGGUUCAUGGUAUUUUGAGCCUCAUCAUCUGUCUUGCCGGUUGUCUAGCCAACAUCGUUAAUAUCGUCGUGUUGAGUCGUCGAGAACUGAGACGCAACGCAAUCAACCGCAUCCUCUGCAGCUUGGCCGUCGCCGAUUUCCUGCUAAUGCUCGAAUACAUCCCAUUUGCCUGUCACAUGUAUCUUUUUCCUGGAAGAUCUCUUCAAACUCGCUAUUCGUAUUCCUGGGCCGUCUUCGUUCUCUUUCACGCCCAUUUCACGCUGGUGGCGCACACAGUAUCGAUUUGGCUGACUCUGUCGCUCGCCUUCUGGCGCUACGAAGUACUGAAAAACGGAAGGCACCAACGUCGUAAAAACGGACGUCGUUGUCACCAGGAGCGCUGUACGCGAACCAUCGCCAUGGCUUACAUUGGUUCCGUCUUACUUUGCAUACCAUCGUUUAUCACCUUCGGCAUACAGUCGGAGCCAAUCAAAAACAAUGAUUUUACGAAUAACCAAACCUUAUCAAAAGCUUCUUCAUGGGGAUCGUCUACCUCACAGCCACUGCAGCCUGACGUCGUCAUAUACAAAGUGGAUUUGAACCGCAUCGCCAAAAACCACGAUGGCAUCAUUCACAAGGCCCAUUUGUGGGCGUACUCGGUCGUCAUGAAACUGGGACCUUGUCUGGUGUUGACGGUGCUGACUUGCUGGCUGGUGCGAAGACUUUGGGAAGCUGAAAGACAUCACCAGUCACUGACUGCCAAACUAAACAAUGACGGCCGCGAACACCAGCGUCAAGAGCAACACCCACAACAACAACAACAUCAGCAUCAACAACAGGGACCAAUGCCGAUACAGCCGAAACCAGUUACUCCGUUGCUACGGACCCGUCAUGAAAACGUCAACCAAAUCAGCCUGACUCAGCAACUGGAGAUGAGGCAACUCAACUCGGACAUGAAUCGUGAUGCGGGUGUCCAGAUCAUAGUAACAGAAGCUGCGAUCGCCGACAAUAUCGAACCGUCUAGCGACACCCGCAUCGUGAAACGUCCCUCGCUGACGGCGAUCACAUUGAGCAGUGGCGAUGCCCUACGAAAUCGUCAAUCAGAACUUGUUAUUCCGAGCCGCCAUCGUCGCAAACUUUCGGUGGUAGAGUUUAGCAGCAUCGUUAUGUCGACUGCUUCGACUUGUUGUGAUCGUGAGGACGGUGGUGUGAAAACGGAUGCCGAAUCUGAAGCAGCGACGGUCGUCGAUAACGAAGAGACUGUGCUGGAUGCAUCAGCGGCGCCACACUCUCACGUGACUACCCUAAAUUCAACCAAAUCGUUGCGGCACAAACAUCAAACGGAUAGAACAACGCGCAUGUUAGUGGCCGUAUUGGUUCUCUUCCUAGUGACGGAAAUCCCGCAAGGAGUGAUGGCGCUGCUAAGCGGUGUUCUCGGACGUCAAUUUUUCAUCAAAUGUUAUUCGACCGGCAUGGGGGAAAUCCUGGAUCUGCUUGCACUGCUCAAUUCGGCAAUCAACUUCCUGUUAUAUUGUUCGAUGAGCCGUCAAUUCCGCCGAGCUGCCCGCUCUCAAUUCCGGCGAUUUUUUGGCACAAUGACGGGCGGAAACGACUGUCACGGUGGCUCACCAGUCGACUGCUUCUUUCGGCCCAAGCUCCUGACUCAACCACUACCCAUCAACAUUUCACCAUCCAAUCCGACUAGAUGCACCCAGCUUUAAAUCAUUAUUCAAGCACUGUAAUUUUGCCCAUGCCUAAUGCCAUCGUAUUGUCUAAUGUGUUCAUAUUAUUUGAAGAGAAUGGGCCAUUUUUAUUUGCUGUUAAUGCAAUUUUCAUUGUUGUAAACAAAUGAAAAAGACAAAACUUAUCAUUAAAAUGGGAAACAUCUUGAUCAAUCAGGUUACUGUUCAUAGACAGAAGUAUUCUUACAACCAGCGAGCGGUUUUAAUUGCUUAAAAGAAGAAAAUUUGGUAAUGGUAAAAAAAUUCUACCAUUUUUGUCUCGUAUUGAUUUCUUUUUUUUUAUCGUCUUACUGCUUUUAGAAAUAAAACGCAGUGGUCCAAGGCCUGAAUGGGGUAUGAGACGCUAAUGUCAUUUUUAUAAAAGACGUGAAGGAAUAAGAAAUAACUGAAAAAGAUGACCAGCAUAACAGAGUACACUAUACCAUUAUGAUCUGCUGAAAAAGCAUGCGUGAAUGUGUUUGGAGCAAUUGACAU